CUGAGACCAUUAUAAUGAGCUGCAGGGUUGACACACCUCAGUCUGCAGGGUCAACAGCAGAACAGGUCGACAUGACGUCCAUCCCAGAUCUGAUCAAGAAGAAGAGAGAUGGAGGAGUUCUGAGUGAUGAAGAGAUCAAAACCUUCAUCGACGCCGUUACAAACGGAACCAUAAAAGACUGUCAGACAGGAGCCAUGCUGAUGGCUAUCUGGCAGAAGGGGAUGGUCCAACAGGAGACCAAGACCCUGACCAAGGAGAUGAUGUCAUCGGGGGAAGUGAUGUCAUGGCCGAAGGAGUGGGCGGGGCUUAUGGUCGACAAACACUCCACAGGAGGAGUUGGAGAUAAAGUCAGUCUGGUGUUAGCGCCUGCGCUAGCUGCCUGUGGCUGUAAGGUGCCUAUGAUAAGUGGGCGGGGCUUGGCUCACACAGGAGGAACUCUGGAUAAGCUGGAAUCGAUUCCAGGAUUUAACAUCCACCAAUCAGCAGCCAACAUCCUGGAGAUCCUGGACUCAGUGGGCUGUUGCAUUGUGGGUCAGACGGGGACGUUGGUUCCUGCAGAUCGAGUCCUGUACGCCCUGCGGGACGCCACCAGCACCGUGGACAGCCUGCCACUGAUUGCUGGCUCGAUCAUCUCAAAGAAAGGAGCCGAGUCUCUGUCUGCUCUGGUGCUGGAUGUGAAGUUUGGACAAGCUGCUCUUUAUAAAGACCUGGACAGCGCCAGAGAGCUAGCACAGUUAUUAGUGGACGUGGGGAAGGGACUGGGCAUUGCCACGGCGGCGGUGCUCAGCCGUAUGGACUCUACCAUUGGUCAAUGUGUCGGCAACAGUCUGGAGGUGAUGGAGUCUCUGGAGACGCUGAAGGGGAAUGGACCCGACGACCUGAUGGAGCUGGUCACAACUCUGGGCAGUCAGCUGCUGAAGAUGACCAGGUUGGUGCCCGACCUAUCAGAGGGCAGAAAGAAGAUUUCUGACGCUGUGAUUGGUGGAGCUGCUCUGUCCAAGUUCCAGGCUAUGAUGGAGGCUCAGGGCGUAGCCAAUGAGACGGCUGGGUUGCUGUGCUCCGCCCACACAGAUUACUUCUCUGUACUGAGGAAGUCUGAGCAUCAGAUGGAACUGAAGACGUGUUCAGACGGCGUCGUCGUGGAUGUCGAUGGUUUGAUUUUAGCUGAAGUUCUUCAUAAGUUGGGGGCGGGACGAUCAACACCUGGAGGACCUGUCAAUCACAGCGUAGGGGCGAAGCUACUGGUGAAGCUGGGUCAGAGGGUCAAGAAAGGUGAGUCCUGGCUGGAGCUCCACUACGAGGAUCCAGCUCCGAGUCCAGACCAGACCAAGCGACUGCAGAGCGCUCUGACUCUGGGAACUCAGGAAACACACAAACAGAGACUCUGGUGGCAGAAAUUAUUCAGUGACACGGAUCACUGCUUUUGUUCAGUCAAUGUGUCCUUUAUCAAUCGGGACGUUAUGAAGUUAAUAAAAGAUAUGACGGACCAACAAUUAUUGAUUUUAUCAAACAAAAAAAAUCUGAAUUCAUCAUGUUUUCAGACUUAAUAUAUUAAAAACAUUUAUUGCUUCUUAUGACUUACUAUACUAUGGCAUUUUCAUGAUUUUUUACAAUAUGCUAUAUUAUGCAAUUUGAUUACUUGUUAUGAUGUAUGAUGAUUUGU